AUGUACCCACCUCAGCAAAUCCUAGCCCCGGCUGCCGUCAAUCCUACCAUGACCAUAGCGUCAGGUGUUGUGAUUGGGACAACACAGACUUUACCAAGCGCUACAGGAGUUGCAAAUGCAUACUUGGGGAUCCCUUUCGCUAGCUCUCCUCCUGAAAGAUUCGCACCUCCAAAAGAACCGGAGCCAUGGCGAUAUCCACUCUAUGCUCAGGAGUUUUCUCCUGCAUGUCUUCAGGUCUUUGCGGACUUUAAUGGUCAGUACUGA